AUGGCGUUUUGGGUGGACUGGGAGCUAUGGGAGAAGCUGAGCGUGGCACUGGCCAUGCUGAUUGCUCUGACUCUCUUCUGCGCCUUUUGUGUCCUCGGGUGGAAUCGCUGGAUGAUGAACAAACACAAUGCGACAGAGGCAAAAGAGCGAGAGGAGCAAGCCGAGGUGCACCCAAUGCUACAAAAGGAUGACAUACCUUUCGGCGCCAGAGCUUUGGAAAGAGGAAUAGAAGUUGAAGGAAUCUGGAUUUCAGAACCAAACACACCAACGCAGAGUCCCCAGCCCGCAACUCCAGUUCCAAGUCGGCCGCCUAUGCCACCGGCUGCCCGACGUGAAGUUGUCUCCGAGCUCGACCUGGCCUCCGCAGGCUUCACCUACGAGAACCACAGACCCGGCGGAAUAUAUAGCGGAGCCAGUCUGCCCAUCAACCCAAAUGCAAUGCGCAUGUCGCCUGCACGGGAGGAGUCACUGAUCGGCAUGAAGGAUACAGCAGGUAACGAAAAGCGGGCUAGCUUCCACAAGCGACUGUUCGGUAAAACCUCUGAUCCCGACAUGAAAGACACGAAGGACUACCGAGUAGGAUUGGAUGGCACUGAUGACGACGAGAACUAUGUCCCGGCCCUCAGUGACGCUGCUUCUAUUCUUUCAUCGGAGAGCAAACGGAGCUCAGGACCCUUGAGACGUCUUCGCCGGCGAUCAUCAGAAGAGUUCCGUCGCAGAAUGAACCAGAUCUUCAACGAUAAUAUCCAAAUUGGCCUGCCAGACGAGCAGCUGGAGUUCAACCCGGCUCUGCGUCAGUACCAGAAGCGGGUCCGGAGAUCACUUCUUCGUCCUUUUCGUCCGUGGGUCAAUGCUCCUGAAAAUCAAUAG